AUGGAGUUUCGUUCCUUGAGACAAUUUAAGGAUGCAAUACUUGAGCAUAAUAUGUUAAAUGGUAGGGAUAUCAAGUUUGAGAAAAAUGACUCAAAUAGAUGUAUAGUGGUUUGCAAGGAUAAUAAAAAAUGUAACUACACAAUUUUGUGUAGUAGAGUGUUAUCUACUGCAACUUUUAGGAUUAAAACACUCUUUGAUAAACACAAGUGUGGAAGACAAUUUUUUAACAAAAGUGCUAAGGCUGAAUGGGUUGCUAAGGUUAUUGUUGAUGGGCUUAAGAACAAUAGUAAGAUGAAACUAAAUGAGGUAGUGGCAGAUAUUAGAUCAAGGUAUUCCACACAAAUUCCAGGAUGCAGGGCCUUUAAGACUAGGCAAAUUGCUAGACAAAUAGUUGAGGGUGAUUCAAGUAAGCAAUUUAGCAUGUUGUGGUCUUAUGGUGCUGAAUUGAAGAGGGCUUCAGCAGGCAAUACUUUCAAAAUCAACACAGCUGCUCUAGCUCCAGGUUUGAGGCCAAGAUUUGAAAGGUGUUAUCUUUGCUUUGAUGGGACCAAGAAAGCUUUGACAAAAACAUGUAGGCCCUUUAUUGAAUUGGAUGGAUGCCAUUUGAAACAUAGGUAUGGUGGAAUUAUGUUGAUGGCAGUGGGAAGAGAUCCCAAUGAUCAGUAUUUUCCAGUUGCUUUUGCUGUAGUUAAGAGUGAGACAAAAGACACAUGGAGUUGGUUUAUGAAGUUACUAAUAGAGAACAUUGGAGAUGGCAGAUGGUGUUUCAUAUCUGAUCAACAAAAGGGCCUGGUGCAAGUAAUUGAAGAAGAGUACCCAUCUUAUGAACACGGAUUCUGUUUGAGACACCUAUAUGCAAACUUCAAAAAGAAGUUUGGAGGAGGUACCUUGUUCAGAGAUUUGAUGAUGGCAGCUGCUAAGGCUACCUAUUUUGAGGCACAUGAAGCAAAGAUGCUAAUGAUCAAGGAGGCCAAAUUGGAAGCUUAUGAAUGGUUAGAGGCAAUUCCCAAGAACAAAUGGUGUAAGCGUGCUUUCCCUUUUUUCUCAAAAUGUGAUGUCUUGAUGAACAAUUUAAGUGAGUCUUUUAAUGCCACCAUAUUACUUCAAAGGGACAAGCCAAUAAUUACAAUGCUAGAGUGGAUUAGGAAUUAUAUGAUGGGUAGGUUUGCAACUCUUACAGAAAAAGUGGAAAGAUAUAAGGGACAAAUAAUGUCCAAGCCAUUGAAAAGGCUAGAUAGAGAGAUUGAGAAGAGUGCAAGUUAG